AUGGAAAACCAAAGUUUUGUUACUGAGUUUGUCCUCCUGGGGCUUUCACAGAACCCAGAUAUUCAGAAAAUAAUAUUUGUAGUAUUCUUGUUUGUCUACAUUGUGACUAUUGGGAGCAACAUGCUAAUUGUGGUGAGUAUCAGCAGCAGCCCUGCACUGCUGGGGUCCCCCAUGUACUUUUUCUUGGCUUUCCUGUCUUUCCUGGAUGCCUGCUUCUCCACUGCCAUGGCCCCAAAGAUGAUUGUGGACUCCCUCUAUGAGAGGAAAACCAUCUCCUUUGAAGGCUGCAUGACACAGCUCUUUGCCGAACAUUUCUUUGGUGGCGUGGAAGUGAUCGUCCUCACGGCCAUGGCCUAUGACCGCUAUGUGGCCAUUUGUAAGCCCUUGCACUACUCUUCUAUCAUGAACUGGAGGCUCUGCAGCAUUCUGAUGGGGGUGGCUUGGACAGGGGGAUUCUUGCAUUCCAUCAUCCAAAUCCUUUUCACUCUCCAGCUGCCCUUUUGUGGUCCCAAUGUCAUUGACCAUUUCCUAUGUGACUUGUACCCAUUACUGAAGCUUGCCUGCACUGAUACUCACAUCUUUGGCUUUUUGGUGGUUGCUAACAGUGGAUCUAUUUGCAUUAUUAUCUUAUUUUUGUUGCUUGUGUCCUAUAGCAUUAUCUUGUUUUCUCUAAGAAACCGUAGUUCUGAAGGAAGACGGAAAGCUCUGUCCACCUGUGGAUCUCAUGUCACUGUUGUGGUUUUGUUCUUUGUCCCAUGUAUAUUUAUAUAUGCAAGACCUCCAUCUGCUUUCUCCUUUGACAAAAUGAUUUCAAUAUUUUACACCACUGUAACUCCAUUACUCAACCCUUUAAUCUACACUUUUAGGAAUAAGGAAGUGAAAAAUGCAAUGAGGAAAUUAUGGAACAGAUUGGUGGUAGUUUCUGAUGAAAAAUAA